AUUCAUGAAAACAUUCUUAAACAAAAUACACAUUCCUUUUUCUUUCCAGUAGAGGGGAUGGUGAGACUUUAGGGCUUGCUUACCCAGCAGUGUAGUAAAUGCUAAGGCUUGCAGGAAUUGUUGCUGUAGGCUUUUUUUGUCAUCUUCCUUUAGCUUUAGCUCUCAGUGAGUGACCUUUCAUUAUAUACUGUUUAUUUUAAUCCUCAGGGCCUGAAAUGUAUUACUAAUUUAGAGUUGAUUAUAUCAUUUAAAAAAAUAAAGAUAUAUACAUUGACUUGUGAUUAUUUUGAAAUGUUAUUAUAGAGACAGCACCUUCACUUUGGGAAGUGGAAUUUGCGAAGCAGUUAGCCAUGGUAAAUGAACAGCCCCUUCAGAAUGGUUUUGCAGAGAUGAUCCAGUGGACGAAAGAGGGGAAGCUGUGGGAGUUUCCGAUUAACAAUGAAGCCGGUUUUGAUGAUGAUGGUUCAGAAUUUCAUGAACAUGUAUUUCUGGAUAAACACCUGAAAGAUUUUCCAAAACAAGGACCAAUUCGCCACUUCAUGGAGCUGGUGACCUGUGGCCUUUCCAAAAACCCAUACCUGAGUGUUAAACAGAAGAUUGAACACAUAGAGUGGUUUAGAAAUUAUUUUAAUGAAAAACAAGACAUUCUAAAAGAAAGUGGGAUACGGCUUAAUUGAAGACCAUGGAAAUUCUUAUUUCAAGCUGUUGGUGGUGCAUAUUAAAACUAAAUAAAAUAAUUUUACUAGAA